AUGCAAUCUUCUUUAAGCCACGAGAUAGUAGAGGCCGACACAAAUAAAGAAACUUGUAAUGCUAUUCAGAAUAUACUAAAAUUAAUGAAAUUUAAUGACACAAAGUAUGGUUCAUCUUCUUCUGGAAUACAAACUCUUGAAGCACGAUUAAAAAAAAUUACAAGUGAAGGACAAUGGGAGACAUUCUUGCAUACAGCUGGAAAUGUAUCGGUACCAUUACGAAAGAGAUCUGGUGCAAAAAUGUCUGUCCAACCGACUUCUAUUGCUAGGCGGUCACAAAAUAUUACAAGAGGAAGUAAAAGUUUACCAUCAGGUCGACCAGCUAAAUGUGAAUCUGGUAUAAAAAAAAGGAAAAGAAAUCUUGGCAGUAAUGUAAACGCUAACUUACCAAAUGCAAAAUCCCUUGGACGUGGUCAUUAA